AGCAGAUCCCUUAUGUAAGAGCAGUAGUACCACUCCUGAUAUGAGCCAUGAACAACAUAACAACUCAUCAGUUCGGAAACCUGCAGGAGCCAAACAGAUCUUCCCAAAAUUAGCAGCAAAAAAAAGGCACAGACCAAGAAUUCUUCUUCUUCUUGGCAGAAGAGAUGAAGGGUGCCGACUUGAGAAAAACUCUUCGCGUUAUAGACUCCAGAGAGUGCGGCAAAUGAUUACUAACUAGUCAAUUAGGGGGAUGAUGAGACAAGACGAAUCAGGUGGAGCAGUGGGAAGCAGCUCAUCAACGACAAGGUGCCAAGACUGCGGGAACCAAGCCAAGAAGGACUGCGUUUACUUGAGGUGUAGAACUUGCUGCAAGACCAGAGGGUUUCAGUGCCAAACUCAUGUUAAGAGCACUUGGGUCCCUGUCUCCAAAAGGCGCCCCAGACAUCCUCACCAACUAAUUUCCUCUACUCCCCAACACCAUCUCUCUGACCCAAACCCUAAAAGAUCCAGAGAAGAGUUAAUAGAAGGGAACUUUCCAGCCGAAUUGAACGUUCCGGCUGUAUUUAGAUGUGUUCGAGUUAGCUCCAUGGACAAUGUGGUGGAUCAGUUUGCGUACCAGACGUCGGUGAACAUAGCGGGACAUGUCUUCAAGGGUGUGCUUUACGACCAAGGCCCUGACAAUCAAUACAAUAUUCCCGGCGAAAGCUCCUCUGGUGGUGGUGGCGGCGGCGGCGGCAGCUUCCAGCAACCUAAUCUCAUCACUCAGACCACUUCAACUAGUACACCCUCCCCUCAUUCUACUUACCCUAGCCCUUAUAGUGCUUUCAUGCCCGGUGCACAUUUUUUCCCCUAUCCAAAAUCUUGAACGAGCGUGCGGUAGUCAUCAUUCACUGGUGAGGCUCCUAGCUAGCUGGCAUUUUAUGGGCAUUAUUCAUCUAAUUACUCGACAUUUAACUUGAUCAAUGGAGAAAAAGAAAAUAAUAGGAUAAUGAUUUAAUUUCCAAUUUGAUUACUCAUUCAUCAUUGUUCUUUUCUAAUUCCAAUGAAGAAUUAUUAGUUCUUGUCUGUGAUUAUUAUAUGACCGGCUAGAUUGCUCAUGGUCUUACAAAUUUGUCAUGUUGUCAAUUCAUCUCCUUUGGCCUUGCCUCAAAUUAAAUACACUCGUACUAGCUGGUUGUUUUUUUUCAGUUGUUUAUGAACUUCGAAGCCACUUUUCUCCCUAAUGUCAGUCUGUUUGCCGGGCUCAUAUGGGUCGGAAUCUGUGUCUAACACCAAAUGUAACAAGCUGGAGGGUUCUAAUGAUCACCAUUAUUCA